AUGAUGACACAUGAGGACCUUGGAUCUUUGAGAUGUGGAGUUGGUGCUCAAGAACAUGCAAUUGGCCAAGUUCUUCUCUUACCGCAUGGGUCUACAAGGAGCUCACUUGGAGAGAAGAAGAUGGUGACCUUUAGGCAGCUUGGAGAUCUGUUUGGGUUCACUAUGGAGAGGAACCUAUGGAACAUCAAGGAAGAUGAACUCCAAAGAGUUGGGCUACAAUCGCUGAGGGGUACUCUUCCUCAAGGUCAAGGCUGCUCAGAUCAGGAGCCCUGUGCUUGA